CAUACAGGGUGUCCCCGCGGACUUUGCGAUGGCCGCGGCCCGCUCCGGGUAGUAGAGGGAGGCGCUGACUGCCAUCAGACUCGCCGGGUAGAUGAGCCUCUUCACCCGGGAACGUCUUCGAGAAGCAGCCCCAACACGCCGGUGAAGCCGAUUAUUCCAGCCCGCGCGUAGAAGUCCCCCGGCGGGGUCCUUUGAGGAACGUGAGAGUGUCACGACCCGCACCGAACCACGCUUUGGACUUUAGGCUCCAGGUGAUCGCUCCUCGGACACGGCGUUCUGCUGGCCUGAGGCGGCGUACACAGAGAGGUCGUCCCGGUUCCUCGACGCUGCUUGUUUCUUCCCGUCACCGGCCGCGGCCAAGACGGUGGCCGGCCACAAGGUGAAGGCUCCGGCCAUGAAGACUCUACCUGUCACCUUCAACAUGAUCCCAGGCAACCAUGCGUGGCUACGGCGUGUCAGGAGGGACAUUAAUCCUCAGCCAGGUUGUAUUAAACCGCCGUUACACACAUUUAUAUCACCAUAAUUCAUAUAAAUUGGACCAGUAUGUUUUAUAUUGUUUGACCACUCAUAAAAACGCCCCUUGUAAUAUUAACCUUAGCUUAUGCGUGUGAUUUAUUGGGAUUAUUUUUGCCGAAAAACGAAUUCACCGAAUUAAGUGUUUUGCUUUAAUUGUCACUCGUCGUACUUCCUCUUAAAAAAGUGACGACUUGUAUAACAAAACUUUUUUUUAAUUACGUGCAAAUAUUUUUUCUCCCCCCUGUGACGUCAUGGGUCACCACGGCAACCGCAGCGUCUACAGACAACACAAAGCGCCAAUGGCAACAGCGAUGGACUGAAAAACACCACAAAAACUUUGCACGUUUUAUUUUAGUAGAAAAAAAAACAUAUUUGUGAAAAUGGAAUAUCUUGGAGUUUCAUCCGCCCAGAACCUCCAGGCGUUGUCUGCCUUGCUCUCCAACCAGCAAAAAGAGGAUGACGAUGAGGAUGAUUAUAAAAACGUGUUGCCGUAUGCAAAGAUGAGUCCGGGAAACAUCGGCCCUCCCAAAAAAAAGGACAAAGAAGUGCCGCCUGUCUACGUGAAAGAGAACAGCAAAGACGUAUGGAGCGUGGACGAGGUGGCCGAGGGCCCUCAGUAUGACGACAUCACAGACCCGCGACCACAGCCCGAAUAUGAAGUCAUGCUCAAGCAGAGUGUGGGGACAGAAGAUGUAUUUUUGGGCCUCAACAGAAAGGACCCGUCCUCCAUGUGCUGUGAAGCCAUGCUGGUGAAAAUCAAACUCCCAGACAGCAAAGCGUCAGACGUUACCCUGGACGUGAAAGAAAAGUUUCUUGACCUGCGGACACCUAAGUAUAAACUGGGUCUCCAUCUCCCACACCCCGUCCUCCACCAGGAGGGCAAGGCCCAGUUCUUUAGCGAGAGGGAAGAGCUAGAAGUGACUCUUCUCAUGAAUCGACCGCUGGAUGCUGUCAACAUGCCGUGAGACAGAACCGCUCCGGCCCAUAAAAGUACGUCCGGCCUGGAUCGGAUUCAGGUGGACCCUCUUGAUGGCCUAGAUCAGGGGUGUCAAACUCAUUUUAGCUCAGGGGCCACAUAGAGGAAAAUCUAUUCCCAAGUGGGCGGGACUGGUAAAAUUAUGUCAUGAUAACUUUAAAAUAAAGACAACUUCAGAUUGUUUUGGUUGUUUAAAAAUACAACAAGCACAAUCUGAAAACAUACAAAUAAUAGUAAUGUUUUUUUUUUUACACUUACAUGUUGCUGUUCAUAGUAGUCUAUCUUCAUUUGUCGUGAUUUAUAAUUUCUGAAUAAAU